AUCGGGCUACGGAAGCCGAGACGCUUCCUACCGGCGUAUUGGGAAUUGACUUGUCCCUGUAGCGUGGAAAAACCAGAGCGGGGACUCUCCGCCAGCGGAGGCGGGACGGGGCUUGAGCCGUCUCGGGGCCCUCCGAUAGCGCCGAGAUGAAAGCGAAGGCCAGACUCGCCAAGCCUUCCGAGGGCCGCGCGGUGGCCAAGCCGGAGCUUGUCAAGAAACCCGAUCGGAAGAAACAAAAGAAGAAGAAGAAGAAGAAAUUCUGGAAAAAACACCCCCAGGCGGCAGCAGAAGCUUCCAGGAAAGCGGAGAGUAAGGAUGGCCGGGCCGGGGCAGGGGUGGCGCUGCCCCCCAAAGGGCCGCAAGAAUUCUCUCAUAACUGGAAGGCCUUGCAAGAACUGUUGAAACAAAAAACGACAAAUCCAGAAAAGUCAGUUCCUGCCUCUCUGAGGAAUUCCAGAAAACAAACCAAAAGCCCCUACCAGAAUGGCAGGCAUGUUUUUAAAGAGGAAGAACAUGGUGAUGCAGAACUACCAAAGAUGACAGGCAAAACAGGCCAACCUUCCAAGGCUUCUAUCUCUUUAGGAUCUUUAAAUGACACAAAGGUUGUCAUUCAUAAAAAAUUCAGUGAAACAAAGGAAAAAGUCAAUGGAACUGAAACCAAGAAAAGAAAAAAUGGUGGCCUUCACCAGAAAAUCGGAGACAUCAAGCACAAGAAGAGGAAAACAGAAGAAUUAGUUCCUCCUUCACCAACAGAAUCAGACAUCUGGUUUGAUGAUGUAGAUCCUAAAGAUAUUGAAGCUGCCAUUGGUCCAGAAGCUGCAAAAAUAGCCCGAAAAAAACUGGGUCUAAAGGAAAAUACUAUAUCACUAGUAAAAGAAGGAGCCUUUGAAGGCAUGACCAAAGUCGUAGCUAUGGACUGCGAGAUGGUGGGAGCAGGGCCAGAUGGGGAAGAAAACAUCCUUGCCCGAGUGUCCAUUGUGAACCAGUUUGGAAAGUGUAUUUAUGACAAGUACGUCAAACCAACAGAGAACGUGACUGAUUACCGGACAGAUGUCAGUGGGAUUCGGCCAGAAGACAUCAAAUAUGGAGAAGAGUACCAAAUUGUUCAAAAGGAGGUGGCAGAACUGCUUAAGGGCAGGAUUCUAGUUGGACAUGCCCUUCAUAAUGACUUAAAGAUUUUACUUCUUGAUCAUCCCAAAAAGAAGAUCCGGGAUACCCAGAAAUAUAAACCUUUCAGGAUACAAGUAAAGAGUGGAAGACCAUCUCUGAAACUGCUCAGUGAGAAAAUUCUUGGUAUCAAAAUACAGCAAUCAGAACAUUGUUCGAUUCAAGAUGCCCAGGCAGCAAUGAGACUUUAUGUAAUGGUAAAAAAACAUUGGGAAGGAAUCAUCAAAGACAAAUAUAAACUACAAAGAGAGAAAAAGAUAAAAGCAUAACUGAGCCCUCCUUUCCACUAUUUCUGCUUUCUACCUUGCCUGCUGGCUUGUUCCUCAGCAGUGUGGUCAUGUCCCCAGAAGAAACAGAGCAGAGGUCUUUCUGGGCCAAGUUGGAGCAGGGUAUUCUGUCAGCUUACCACUUCUUGUUUGCUGAUUGUGUAGCCCUUGGAGUUGGCACAGGGGAAAUAUUCCCAAAGAUGGUCACUUUUUGGAGAAACUUUCAAACUUGUGGCUAUAAGGAUGUUUGUGCUACUAAAGGGAAUUUGGCUUUUUCCAGACUUAGCUCUUGUCCAAGAGCUCGAAGUUUCUUGUUGACAUUCCUUUCCUGUCUUCCAGAAGUCACUGUUAAUAUCAGAGGCAUAAUUACAGUGUAGGUGAGGGAGUCUUUGUGAGAGAUCGUCUUUUCUUUGAGCACAGAGACUGGUUCUGGGCUUAAGUGAAGGUGUGCAGCCACCAGUGAGAUGAUCACUUUUUACACCAAUAAAUAAAUGCUCUUGUCUAACAGAA